CUGCCAUCGCUGUCAAAGUCACUUGGUGGUCAUAGCUGUAAAAAUUCUCGGAAACAUAUCUUUUAAUUUGGCUAGAGAGAAUAAUUUAUUAACAAGUCUCGCACAUAGCAAUGUGAUUUGACGGAAAAGAAACGUCGAUUACCCUCGAAAAUUAUUGGAAAUAAUAAUCCUCCAUGAACAAUACUGCAGAAAUGCGUUUGGUCAAACCCAACAUCAAAUUACUAACCUUCAUUACUCGAAUUCUGGCAUUUCGGGAUUCUCGAUUCAUCUUGCCUUUAAUUUUCGCUAACUGGACAUACCUGCACUUAUUUCGCCUUCUCAAUAUGCGACUACGACUGAAAUCUAUACCUGACGAGGCUCUGCAGAUUCAGCGUUUGAGCAAAUUGAAAUCAAAGGACUCCUACAUUGAUUUUUACUCUUGCAUUUUAGCUAGCAAAGAACUCCUUCAAACAUCUAAGGCUCAAUGGUUUUAUCUCUGUUGUCCUCCAUCCCUGAAAAAGUACAAGGUGACGUUAUUGACCAGCUCUAAUGUCAAGAAAGAUGAAUUGCAUGUCUCAGAAACCAUGAGGUUUAACAUUGAGAACUUUCUGAAUGUUAGAGACUCCGAGACAGCUCGCUUUUUCAUAAUUGCAGCAUCAGAUUUUGACCAGAGUAUGGCAGAAGAAGCGUACAUAUCGAUGAUUUCAAACCCAUAUGAAUGCCCAGAUGACUUGAUAGAGGCUUUACUUCAAAAUUACUUCUCCGAAGCUCGGUUCCUUCGGCCAAAUGACGUUCUAAGCAUCGACAUAACGCGAUUUGCCCCGUGCUAUCAGUAUCUUGUCUCUCAAAAUAAUAUCAAAGAAGUUAUUUUCAAAAUAAGAAGUUUGAAGGUUGACAAACUUACUCAAAAUUCAAAAAAAGGCUGUUUCAUUGCACAAGGCGUUACCACACUAGUUCAGAGUCCAACUAUCCACAGCUACCUACCUCAAAAGCAUUGGAUCCCAUCUGCUGAUUAUUUCCUCACAAAUUGCCCUCCGUCGCUCGAAGAUCCUCUAAGAUCUCUAACAGCUUGUAUUUCUCUAUACACUCAAACUGAUAUUUUAGUUGACAUAAAGCCAGUGUUUCUGAUCAAGGGAGCUGAAGGAAGUGGGAAAUCAAGUUUAGUACAAAUCGCUGCUCACAGAAUGGGUUUCAAUCUAAUGAGCAUUGACUUUUCAGAAAUACAAUCUUUAACCAGCGCCCAGACAGAAGCCAAGCUUCGCAUCGUUCUGCAAAAUGCAAAAAACUGCACGCCUUGCAUUCUACUACUAAGCAAUAUUCAGAUUUUUGGAAAAGAUGCGGAGGGCAAGGAGGAUGAACGCAUAAUAUCCGCUUUUGUAUCGGAGUUGGAGAGCCUCUACAAAAUAGAAUCGGACUAUCCUCUAGUAGUCGUAGCAACGUUGAAUGAUUCCUCAAUCGUCAACAGUCUUCAGCUACUGUUCACAGAGACGAUUCCAAUUGAAUUAUCAAGCCAAAAAGAGAGAUUGGAUUGCCUGAAUUGGCUGCUGGCUACCAAGAGGUUCAAAACAAAUGCCGACUUAUCUCAUAUAGCCUCAAUUUGCACAGAUUUUGUUCUGGCUGAUCUGAACGCCAUCGUUCUCCAAGCUGUCAAAAUAGGAUGUAAAUCAAGAUCUUCAAAAUUAAUGAUCACACAGGAAGACUUCUGCGAAGCCCACGAAUACAUGCAAUCCAGGUAUUCGGACUGGAUAGGUGCUCCCAGAGUGCCCAAAGUCUAUUGGAAGGACAUCGGAGGCUUAGGAGAUCUGAAGAGUGAGAUACUGCGAAGAAUUGAGCUCCCAUUGUUGACGUCCGCUGGCGUUGGGCCGAGUAGAAGUGGCCUGUUAUUGUACGGCCCUCCAGGAACAGGAAAAACGUUACUUGCCAAAGCCAUUGCAACAGAGUGUCAGAUUCACUUUUUGUCCGUCAAAGGACCAGAGCUGCUCAACAUGUAUGUGGGACAAAGUGAGAAAAAUGUUAGACAAGUUUUUGAGAGAGCCAGAGCAUCGGCACCUUGUGUCAUAUUCUUUGACGAGCUAGAUUCCUUGGCUCCGAGUCGAGGAAGAAAUGGAGACAAUGGAGGAGUUAUGGACCGCGUAGUUUCUCAACUUCUAGCUGAAAUAGAUGGAAUAGAAAGCUCAGGAAGUGUUUUUAUCAUUGGAGCAACAAAUCGACCGGAUUUAAUAGAUCCAGCACUUUUGAGGCCAGGUAGAUUCGACAAAUUGCUCUACGUGGGAAUAAGUACAGACCAAAUGUCUCGACUUAGUGUCCUCAAGGCACUGACAAGAAAAUUCAACUUCUUUGAAGAUGGUAAAGAACUCGAACAAGUCGUCAAAAUACUUCCCGACAAUGUCACAGGUGCUGAUAUGUACGCCGUUUGUUCAAACGCUUGGCUUCUAGCGGUUCGAAGAAAUUUAGAGAACCUCAUAGAAGUUGGGACAGUAAAUCACAGAUUUGGGGCUGGUAAAAUGAAUGCAAUAUCUGACAGAGUAGUGGUGACACAAGAAGAUCUAAUCAAAGCGGCUGAAACCCUUGUCCCUUCGGUCAGCAAAGAGGAGUUGAAACGAUACGAAAAACUUAGGUCCGAACUGAGUCCAAUGACUCGAUGAAAAUUCAAGAAAAGUUCGGAUUUUUCUCGGGGUUCAAAAAGCAACUUUCAAAAAUACAGAGAGAGAGGCAAAGAAGGUAGAACAUGAAGAUGUGGAAAAUGAUUCCGAGAGUUGUACAUUUUUUUAAGUAUAAAUUUAAGAGAUAACGCGAAUGUGGAAGUUAGGCAAUAAUACAAGCCAAAUUGUACUCUGGCUUCCUCAAUAAGACGUGAGUAAAGCGUGUAUGGUAUAUGGAUAUCUGUAGACGUUCAUAAUUGAAAAUAUAGCGUCAAAGUUGAA